UCCUCUUUUCACUUCUUGCUGUUACCUGUCCGGCCCCGGCAGUGCGCGCUGGCAGGAGCCCCGAGCCGCUCGGCGAUGCGCAGGAGGCUGAGGGACAGCGACCGCCGCCGAGCAAACCCCCGGCUGACCGGGAACGAGAACCCGGCACGGCCCCUGGGCCGAGAAACCCUGCUCYUSGCUGCCCUUCAUUAAGCCGCUUUUCUCUUUGUUUCUUUCCCACUUUUUAUUUCGUCCCGUGCUCGCGUUGUCUCGGGAGAGCGGAGGAUGAGCAGAGAGCGGACGCGGGGGUGAAGGACCUUCCUGGCGGUGUGGGCACACCUGGGGCUCUCUGCUGGGGGAAGCUCCGCGUUUUCCUCGCCUGGAGCCGGGAGCAAGGCGCAAACCAAACCCUCCUYCCCGGCAGGAAGAGCCCCGGCGCGGCGGGAGCCGCUGGAAAAAGGGAGCGGUGCCUUUCCCGAGCUGCAUGUUGAGCCGGGGAGGGCGAAGCUAACCGUGUAUUUGGAGACUGGAGAAUAAUUAAUUCCGCGUUUAUUGCCGACAUCCGGCGCUCGCUGGGGGCACAGAGYUCCCCGGGGAGAGGGGAUCGGAGAGCGGGGUCACCAUGGCUUUCUCYCAGGUGCAGUGCCUGGACGACAGCCACGUCAACUGGAGGUCCAGCGAGUCCAAGCCCGAGUUCUUCUACAGCGAGGAGCAACGCCUGGCCCUGGAGGCGCUGGCUUCCCGCGGCCCAGACGCCUUCUAUGAAGUCCUGAAAAGGGAGAACAUCAGGGACUUCCUGUCGGAGCUGGAGCUGAAGAAGAUCCUGGACACGCUGGAGGCGUACGACCCCGGCUCCGAGUACAUCCCGCGGCACGGCAGCAGCGGCGGGGACAGCGAGGGCGACCGCAACAGCCAAGGGGACGAGCAGGACGUGGCCCCCUCCCUGGAGUACUGGCCCCARAGGUCCGAUCGCUCCAUCCCGCAGCUGGACCUGGGCUGGCCCGAGACCAUCGCCUACCGCGGGGUCACCCGCGCCACCGUGUACAUGCAGCCCCCGAUCGAGGGCCAGGCGCACAUCAAGGAGGUGGUGAGGAAGAUGAUCUGCCAGGCUCAGAAGGUCAUCGCUGUGGUCAUGGACAUGUUCACCGAUGUGGACAUCUUCAAGGACCUGCUGGACGCCGGCUUCAAGAGGAAAGUGGGUGUCUACAUCAUCCUGGAUGAGACCAACGUGAAGCACUUCCUUCAGAUGUGUGAGCGAGCCCACAUGCACGCUGGACACUUGAAGAACCUGCGCGUCCGCAGCACCGGAGGGACCGAGUUCUUCACCCGUUCGGCCACCAAGUUCAAGGGGGCUUUGGCCCAGAAGUUCAUGUUCGUGGAUGGGGAUCGAGCCAUGUGUGGAUCCUACAGCUUCACCUGGUCCGCGGCAAGGACGGACCGAAAYGUCAUCACGGUGCUGUCGGGCCAGGUGGUGGAGGCGUUCGACAAGCAGUUCCAGGAGCUCUACCUCAUGUCCAAGGGGGUGAGCCUCAAAUCCAUCUCCGUGGGCGAAGAGCCCGAACCCGAGCCCGUGACGCUGCCCUCGGUGGUGCCGGUGACCCCCGCCAACGCCGUGGUGAAGAAGCUGAUCAACCCCAAGUACGCUCUGGUGAAGGCCAAGAGCGCCGACCAGAUCAGCAAGACCUCGUCUGAGAACCAGGACAAAACCCCGAAGACGGACAACAAAGGCAAAACGCCUCCUGAGGGCCAGGGCGGCGACCGGCACGGCGACAUGGCAGACCUGUCCCUGCUCAUCCACCCCGGCCUCCUGAACCUGGAGAAAGCCAACAUGUUUGACUACCUGCCCACAUGGGUGGAGCCCGACCCCGAGCCUGGCAGUGAAGUGCUGGGCUACAUCAACAUCAUYGACCCCAAGGUGAAGAACGUGAAGCUGUCGCAGAUGAACCGCAUCAAAGUCUGCGACGUCUCGCAGGCCAGCGCCCAGCACCGGCAGAUGCUGAAGAACAGGGAGAUGGAGGCCAGGAGGAACUCAGACCAGGAGCCACCUCUGCUGUCCCCCAGCCAGAGACAGAUCCCACAGCCUCCUGUGGAAGCUCCUGCAGUCCCCAUUACCGGCCCUAUCGAAGGAGUCAGCUGGGCAACGAGGCAAGCRGGGACGUUUGCCACUUUACCGCUGAGCCACCACCCGAAGCCACAGGAGGAGACAUUGCAGGAGGUCAGGCCUCCAGUUCCAAAGCCCAGGACUGUCCCUGUCGGUGUCCUCAAGACCAAAGUCAUUACAGCUUGUGAYGGCAGCACUGCCCUGGAGGGUGACACGCAGCCACCGCUGGCCGGCCACACGRGCGUGAAACAGAACCGGGAGGAGAAACCCAACAGAGCCUCGAUGGACACCUGCCAUGUCCAGCCAGACCGGCCAGUGGCAGCUCCACAGGAGGACAAAGGGCCUCCCUGCGCCCACAACGGGCUKGGAGAAGAGGAGGAGGAGGAGGAGGAGGAGUACAUCACCCUGAGUGACCAGGAGAGCUACUCCAGCAGCUCUGCUGACCACAGCUACCGCCGCUCCAACGCCUCCUCCAUCUCAGACGAGUACUUCGAGGUGAGGGAUCGCUACGGGCCCCUCCGGAGAACCAACUCGGACGUCACCCACAACGGGGAGAUCAUCCCCAUGCAGAGGAAGCUCAGUGACCCUCACAUCAGCCGGGGUACCUUCAUCAGCCCCCUGGGCAGCCUCCCGUCCCUGAAGCACCUCCGCAUGGAGGAGAUGAACAGGAGGAGGAGCAACGCCGUGGAGAUCAGGCCCAUGCUGCCCCGCUCCCUCCUGGAUGGCAACAGCUCCUACCCCAGCAGUGCCGCCCAGGGGACGCACAUCUUCCGCUACCGGCCCAGGACCCCGGCGGGCAGGGAGCAGGGCAGCGAGGUCUCCUGCUCCCCGACGCACGACAGAGCCCUCGGGGCCACCAAAUACGGAGGGGACGGAGCAGAACCCAAAAAGACCAUUGCAGGCAGCCAGCCCUACUGGCAGAGCAAAGCCUUCAGCCCCAGCAAGCCCACGGCCCCCGGCCACCUGUCCCCAAACAAGCCCAGAGCGUCGGGCAAACGCUUCACCUCCCUGCCCGAGAGCCAGAAGCCAGCCGAGGAGAUGAGGACACCCYUGGGCAUCCCGCUCUCCAAACUGUCCCAGUCCAAGCACCUCAAGAACAAGGUGGCAGGGGCCCCGAGCACCUCUGUGGACUCCAAAAAGCAGCCCCCUGAGGCCACUGGCCAGAAGGACCAGUAGGUGCUGGUGACGGUGGCCUCGCAGAGCUGGCGGAGCCCGGCACCGUUGCAAUCCUUGGGGCAGGGGGUUCUCGUUUCCAUUUACCUGGUCGGUGCACCAGUACCACGUGGCCAUGAUGGACAGCCCGAAGGUCAUCCCGGUCCAGGGCAGAUCUCCGGACAGCGGGUCUCGGAAGAGGUGCAUGGCGUCCGCUCUGGGCAGGUGGCAGGUGGUGUUGGGAACGGUCUUGGACGGCACGGCCUUCAAAUAGGCCCCUUCCAGGUUGUGGUAACCUCCGAUCUGCUGAAAAGCUGGAAA